AUGAACAUUUGUUGUUGUGGUGGAGCAAUGGGCAGAUUCUAUACAAAAAUGAUAGAACGGUUGACGGGUGGCUCAACGUCGCCAACGUCCGAUCAGAAUGGGAAUAGUCAUCUUCCUCCAGCGCCACGUCAUCACUCGUCUCAUCAUCAAAUUGAGACGAUCAGUGGCUCGUCGAAAUUACGAGCUCAAUCAGGCAGUCCUGCACUGAAUAGAAAAAAGAGACCAGAGGUCGCAGUUGCUCCAUUGGCUCACAAAAGUCGACAUUUGAGCGAAUCUCGAGAUGAAAUGCGCACCGAGCGACGUGGCAGUGGUGGUGGUGGACAGAUUAAUCUUCCAGCCUACACUAACUUUUUAAUGAGACAUCCAGGAGAAGAACGCCUUGUUGAUGGUCCAGUCACAACUGCCAGUGAUGCACGGAUCGCCUACUUGGAGAAGAAAAUCAGAGAGCUAGAGAUGUCACAGAAGGAACAACAGAGCUCGAAUUCCACGCCGAAUCAGUCAAGACAUUCGUCGUCCAAAUCGUCUCACUUCAAUGGAAGCACAAAUAUGUCGACAAGUGAACAGCUUCGAGUGCAGGAGAUGAGUGAAGAGUUGGCGACGAAGGAGCGAAAAGUGACAUCCCUUGAAUCGAAACUGCUGAAAGCGUAUCAGAAAAUUGAACGUCUCAAUGAGGAUUACAAUGGGAGAAUCAAGGGACUAAUGUACGAUUCGGAAAGAGCAAGAGAUGAUUUGUCACGGUGUCUCGAUAAGAUUCAGCUAUUAGAAGGAGAAUUAGACGAGACACGAGCUGCUGCUCAGAAUGGAGAUCAUGCCAACGAGCAGGAGUAUCAUGAUCUUCGUGAUAAGAUCUGGAAACAAGAGCGAGAACUUCAGGAGAGCCGGACGUUGUUGACUCGCUUACGUGAAAAAGAAGCUGAAUUCGAGAGAAUGAGAUCAGAGAAAGGAUAUCUCGAGUUGAAGAAUGAGAAUUUGAAUAAGAAGCUGGAAGCGAAGAAGCGAGCGGUCGAGGAGUUGGAAAGAAGAUCAACACCACUGGCUGACGAGAUGGAGACGAUGUCAGACAUAAGACCCUCUUUGGCUAGACCGUACACGAAAGCUCAUUCUACGUUGGGAUCGCACAACAUGUCACCAUUAUCUCAUUCGAAAUCUAGUGGUCUCACCAAAAGUUUCUCGAACUUUGCCCUCAACUCGUCCAAACAACGUGACGAUAUCACACCGAUGAUGAGUCGAUCGAUUCGUGAACAGAAUCGUCAUAUCACUAUGUGCCGAGCAAUGGUUGUCUGCCUAAAAGAUACGGUUGAUCGAAUGGCUCGUGGAGAGAAUCCAGAUGUUGCUCGUCUUCUUGGUGUCAAGCUGAAUGUGAUGUCGGAAAGUGAGAUGGACGAUGAUGAAGAUUUCGAGGCUGAUGAAUCGAAACCAUUCUCGAUGAUGUCUGCUGAAUCAGCGCUCGCAAAGCAAUGUACAAAAUUGGCUGAUCUCGACAAAGACCUUGACACAAUCCGAUGCCAACUAGCCGAUUGGCAUGGUCAAACGAGUGCAGAAGGAGAGGGCGAUCGUGAAGUGUGUCGAGUACAGUAG